AUGGGGCCUUCUGGAAUUCCAGGCCCUCAAGGUAUGAAGGACGAUAUAAUGGCCAUCAGUAACUACAUGGUCUUCUGAUUUAGAGUGACAAUAAAGAGAAAAUAGAUUUUCAUUCUAACUCCCUUGGAAGGUGGUGGACUCUCCUUCACUGACAAUUUCUAAGAAGAGGUUGGAUGGCCAUCUGUCAUGGAUGCAAUGCAGUUGAGAUUCCUGCAUUGCAGGCAGUUGGACUAGAUGAACCUUGAGGUCCCUUCCAACUCUUCAGUUCUAUGAUUCCAUGAUUGUACUCAAGUAGAAAGUAUAAAAUAGUUCAAGUAUUUGGUAUGUAGGAAGUGUGGUUUAGAAUUAGUAAAUAAAUAAGCAGACUUGCCUAUACUGAAAGUUUAAUUUCUAUCCAGGUCCAAAAGGUUCUUCAGGCGUUCCUGGACUCAAAGGAGAACAAGGUGACCAAGGGUUUCCUGGAGCUAAAGGUAUGUCAUAGCUUUGUCCAUUUUAUCUUCAGGUUUGAUGUCAAGGACAGGCUGGUGUCUGAGGGGUGGGCAGAAGAGGUGGGGAGCAGGAGAAUGAUCCGGGGGAAGGGGCCAGUGAUUUGUGGGGUUGUGUGCCACCCAUGAAGCAGGGGGGAGUGUCUAGGCACUUGGAGAUGGAGGAAGAGGGGGUGAGGGAAGAGUUGCAGGGAGGCACAGUCCCAGAGAAUUGGCCAUUAGAGUUUUCCUUGUACCUUCCUCCACUAUGUCCAAGAACGAGGAGGGUCUUAAAGCGACAGGAGCAUCUGGAGCUGCUGCACAGGAUAAAUUGCUAGUUGCUUGCAUAACCUGUGUCAGAUGAGAGAGUUUAAGUAAACUGGAAGGGGUGUGGUUGCGCUGUUGCUCCAACUGUCCAUGUUGGAGCCUAGCUAGCUAAUUAGCAGGAGUGGUGCUUAUAUCCCUUGUACUUUGGGAGCUGACAUAAUGGAGUGCUUUGUCAACAUAGAGCUAAACUUCCAAACGUGUUUCUUCAUUGGGACUGGGUAUGCUCAGCACAUUUGAUUAUUUUGAUGUCAAGGAGCAGAAAUAUUUUAAUUUUUUAAAAUGAAAUCAGCAGAAUCUCAAAUAUAUAACAUGAUCCUAAGGGGCCUCUCCAAUUAGCACCUUUGUUUGUAAUCCCCUCAACAUAUAAUAUUGACACAAUGUAAUUUGCUGAGUGGAUAUUAUUUACUCUUUAUCUUUGACAGGUUUUCCAGGCCCACCAGGUCCUCCAGGCCCCUUCCAGCUCUUGAAAGGUGAACCAGGUGAACCUGGCCCUGUAGGCCCAGUAGGCCCUAAGGGAUUUCCUGGUCCUCCAGGCCCAAAAGGCCAACAAGGUGAGAGGCUUUUUAGUUCUUCUAGAAUUCAUAGGUUUACGAGGCCAAAUCAGGUGAGUCACAGCAAAGCUGUCACCACCAUGUUGAAAAUCAGUUUAGACUAUCCAGAACAGUGAGGCACAUGGUGCCUGGGCUUAGAUGCAUUCUUCCAAUGAGACAUGCAUUUUAUCCAUUUCCAUGAAGGCUGCAAUGUGGCUGGAGAAAGGCACAAGCCUUUUUCAAUAAGAUACAUAUUUCUGGUUAACCUAUUGCCCCACUUUCUACAGAGGAAGGACAGUCUUUAUCACUUUCUAGGGUAUUUCUAUGGCUUUCUGCACUUGUACCAGAAUGGAAUUAUUCUAGGGACAGAUGCUGAGAUUUCAUUUGCAGCAGAGAAGCUCAGUUGCUCCCUGGUAGGCUGCUGGCAUGGCAAUUAAAGAAAGAAACAACGUGAAAAAAUGGAAAAAUGAUUAAUAAAUUGAUUGUGGAUGGAGAAAUAAUUGAGGAACCAAAAAAGAUAAGUAACAGCUUCCUGGCAUAUUUCAUGGAACUCUACAAAGGAAAUCAAGAAAAAAUGGACAAGUUCUUAAACCAAAAUAAACUCUGGAAGAUUUCAAAAGAGGAAGCGGCUCCAAUCAGCAUGAUAGAAAUCCAGCAGGCAAUGAAAAAGAUGAAAGUAGGUCCAGGUCCAGAUAGAUUGCCGGCCAAAUAUUAUAAAAAAGUAGAAGAAUUAUUGUCAUUCCCAUUUAAAGAAGUAGUAAAUAACAUCUUAAAUACAGGAAAGCUGCCAGAAUCAUGGGAGGAAGCCUACCCUGAUUCCAAAGGGAACAGGGCCAUCAGCUGUUAAAAAUUACGGACGCAUCUAUUACUUAACAAUGAUUAUAAAAUCUUUGCAGACAUUUUAGUGAGUAGACUGAAAUGGACACGGAAGAACUAUAUCAGAUAUCUGGGAAUUCUUUUCACUGAGACACUAUCAUGGAAAGGGGCACAUCAAGGCUAUGAAACUCAAAGUGCAGAAAGCUUGUGGGGCAUUAAUGAAAUUCUAUUUUACGGCAGAACAAAUUCCUCAGGAAAAUGCUCUCACUCCCCAGCAGGACUCCAGCUGCUCUUCUCCGCAUUGAAGCUGACGUGACAACAAUACAGGCUAGAAUUGAUUACCUGUGCUUAAAUUAUGUGAAAAUAUGAUUCCCCGCUAUGUCACAAACAGAUUCCCCGCUAUGUCACAAACAGAUUCCCCGCUAUGUCACAAACAGAACAGAAACAGACCAAAUGUUGGAAGGAUGGUAUCCAACGCCUCUUGUCCCAAUCAAUUACAAGAUUUUCAGGUGACUAUGAAGAUGGACAAGAGGCACUUAAGAGAUUGUCUCUUUAGGUCCGAUGCAGAUGCUUCUACCAAGAGCUCGCCAUGGUUCCCACUUAUUAAAACGGAGCAUACCCAGGCCAGUUACCUGUCAAAGCUCCCACUUGCCAUGCUUAGAAUCGCAUUCACAGAAUUGCGAUUCCAAUCGAUGCCCUCGGCGGUGUUGGAUGGACGCUACGGCAAAGUACGUUAUGAAGAGAGACUUUGUCUCUGUGGGCAACCCUGUAUGGAGGACCUGUGCCACUAUUUAUUGCAGUGCCCGUUAUAUAUAGACCCAAGAGACCGAUUCAUAAAACCCUUGUUUCCGAAUGGAACUCAUUUGAAUAGGGGGGAAAGGGUGAAAUGGCUGCUGAGCGAUGCUGAUGACUUUGUAACUUAUAAAAUAGCACUUAGUUGCGUUGACAACUAAGAAGAUCAGGAGGAAAGAACUAGAUAAAAUAAUGGUCAUCUGCAAAGGGGAUUUGGAUAUUUAAUUUGGCACAUUUUACUAGAGAAUUCAACUAUUCUAUUUUAUGCAACAAAUAAUCUUAGUAGUUGUGACCGUGGUUUAUAUCGUAUGUGUGGUGCCUGAUGAUUUUUAUGGUUAUUGCUGUUUUUCCUUUUGUUGUUAUUUUUCUGAAUGAUUCCAUGGCCUAUGGCUAGCACAAUAAAAGUCGAUGAUGAUGAUGAUGUUGAUAACAACAGAAAACCUAAGAGAAAGUGUGCCAACAGUUUUAGAGAAGAUAAACAAAUUUGGGUCAGUCACAGGCUUCAAAUUAAAUAAAGAUAAAACCAAAAUGUUAGUUAAAAACAUAAAAGGUGAGGAUAAAAGAGAAUUACAAAAGUUUAUAGGCCUUAUGAUCACCAAGAAAAUCAAGCAUUUAGGUAUAUGGAUAAGAGUUAAAAUAUAAAUUUGUACAAAGAUAAUUACAUACCAAUCUGGAAAGAGAUAAAAACAAAUUUGGAAAUACAGUGGUACCUCGGAUUAAGUACUUAAUUCGUUCCGGAGGUCCGUUCUUAACCUGAAACUGUUCUUAACCUGAAGCACCACUUUAGCUAAUGGGGCCUCCUGCUGCUGCCGCGCCACUGGAACCCGAUUUCUGUUCUUAUCCUGAAGCAAAGUUCUUAACCUGAAGCACUAUUUCUGGGUUAGUGGAGUGUGUAACCUGAAGUGUAUGUAACCUGAAGCGUAUGUAACCCGAGGUACCACUGUAUGAGACAGAUUAAAAUUAUCAUUUUGGGGUAGGAUCUUCACAAUAAAAAUGAAUGUUUUGCCCAAAAUAUUAUUUUUAUUUCAAGUCAUUCCAGUAGUAGUAGUAGAAGCACAAGAUAUUUUAAAACCUGGCAGAAGGACAUAACAAAAUUCAUAUGGCAGGGCAAAAGACCUAGAAUCAGUUACACACUCCUGACAGACAGCAGACAAAGAUUUUGCCCUGCCAAAUCUUGAACUGUAUUAUGAGGCUGUGUUGGAUCAAGGAGUGGUUGAUUUAAAAAAACACAUAUAUACUAGACCUAGACAACCGUUUUGGCUGGCAUGCCUGCGCCUGCUGUGAGAAAGCGAAAGUUCAUAGGGAAUUUAUGAACCAUGUAACUAGAUAAGAUCUCGCUAUGCAGUUUGGGUAAAAAAAAAGGGUAUUUUGGAGCAAAAAACACUGUGGUGGUUGUCACCAAUGGAGGCCAUGAAUGUAAAAAAGGUUAACAUGAGGAACAAUUGGGUAACAUAUAAAGAAAUUCUCCAGGAGGAAGAUAAUCAAUUAAAACUUUAAAAAUUUGAUGAGGUAAAAAAUAAAGUGACAAGCUGGCUAGAGUAUCACCAAAUUUAUGUUUUAUUUAUGCAAGAUAUAAAGAAGAGAUUCGGCAAAGAGCUUUCAAGAUUCGAGAAAGACCUGAUUCCCAGUGACCUGAUAACUUAUCUAAAAUGUAUAAAAUUUUAUUAGAAUGGUCGGUAAAAGGUGAGGAGGUAAAGUCAGCCAUGGUAAAGUGGGCAGUGGACUUAGGUCAUACUAUACAGUUGUCAGAGAGGGAGAAAUUAUGGAAGGAGGGUCUUAAGUUCACAGCUAUUAAGGAGAACUACAUGAAGAUUUUCUACAGGUGGUACCUAAGACCGAGUAUUUAAUGUAUUAAAUGAAUUUUAAAAGAUGUUCAAAAUCUCAUUUGCCAAAAGCCCAAAGCAUUUCUUUUGGGAAUUAUUGGUAGUAAAAUACCAAGAGAUCUAAAGAAAGUACAGUACAGUACCAUGGCAGCAAGAGUUUUGAUCGCUCAGUUGCCGUGUCUCUGCUUCCAUUUCCCUUUUCCCACAUCCCAUCUCAGUGUUGCAUCCUUCCAUCUCACACCACAUGCCCACUCUAGCCAGCCCCACGAUGGUGAAUGGCACUGUGGUCUAAACCACUGAGCCUCUUGUACCUGCUGAUCGGUAUGUCAGCAGUUCAAAUCCACACAACAGGGUGAGCUUCCGUUGCUGUGUCCCAGCUCCUGCCAACCUAGCAGUUCGUAAGCACACCAGUGCAAGUAGAUAAAUAGGCGGGCAGGUAAACAGCACUUAAAGCAGUUUAGUCCUGCUGGCCACAUGACCCGGAAAGUUGUCUGUGGACAAACGCUGGCUCCCUCAGCCUGAAGCAAGAUGAGUGCCACACCCCAUAGUCACCUUUGACCGUCCAGGGGUCCUUUACCUUUUUAGUACCACAAAGUAUAUAAAGAAGUGAAAAUAGGAUGUGGGUGAAAACAGGCCCAUGGUGGGUAGGGCAGAUAAGGAUCCACUCCACUGGCUGGAUCCACAUCCCACUACUGAUGUAAUGAUUCCCUGCACACCCUUGGAAGCUGCUCCCCAGGUGUUUAGAAUACUGAUUUGUCCAAAUGAUAGGGACUCCAUAAAUCCACUGUAAUGACACAUCCUUAUUUCAACAGGUGUAACGGGACCUGUGGGUGUGACUGGUCUUCCAGGCACUCCGGGAUUUGAUGGAAUGCCAGGUCAGAAAGGAGAAACUGGUCCUGCUGGUCCUCCAGGCAAGUCCAAUCUUCUUCCAUUGCUAAUAAUAAUAAUAAUAAUUAAUAAUAAUUUUAUUAUUUAUACUCCACCCAUCUUUCUGGGUUGCUAUGUUCUGUAUGUAGUCCAGUGCCAAGCCCUAAGGAGUUUAAUAGAGGCUUCAAUAAGUCAAGAGCAAUUCUUGAUUUAUCAUUUAAAGGCACAUUAUUCAGAAGUGAGUCCCGGUGGUACUUAUUCCCAGGUAAGUGUGUUUAGAUUUACCACUGUGUAACACAAACAAUGCCAAUCCAUGUAUGUUUACUUUUAAAUGUGUCCCAUUGUUUCCAUGCUCUGUGUGAGGUGCAAACUAUCUUAGAUAUACAAUUUUUAUCUUACAGGUCCUAGAGGCUUUCCUGGCCCACCUGGUCCUGAAGGCAUGCCAGGGUCAAUGGGUCCACCAGGGAGUCCCUCUGUAGCUCACGGUUUCCUUGUGACCAGGCACAGCCAAAGCACAGAGGAGCCAACAUGCCCAUCUGGAACAAGACUGAUGUUCCACGGGUAUUCUUUGCUUUAUGUACAAGGAAACGAACGGGCCCAUGGUCAGGACUUGGGUAAGAGAGCACAAAACAAAUUGAGUCAAAUGAGCAUAUUACAUUAGAGAAAGACACCUUUGUCGCAAUUGCCUUCCCUAAAUCAAGUAAAAUUGUAGUGGACAAUUUAGUUUUGUCAACUGCUGCAGCAUCUAAAAGGUGCCAUUAAGCUCCUUUCUGCCUCAAAGAGCCAGUCUUGAUAAAUGGGAUCGUGGGCUGUUUGGGGAAGUCUUAACCUGUCACUUGAACCUGCAUUCUUCCUGUACUUGUUCACCCCCCACUGCACGACGUAGAUUCACAGAUUGUAACAUUUUAAUUCAUUAUUUUAAAGAAUAACUUGGGAAAUGUGAAAACCUAAAAUUAUUUUCUUUUCUUUAACCAAAAUAAAAACUUCAUAAUAAUUGUAAGUAUUGGACAGCUGAAGACAUUUUCAUGUGGCUCUGAAGGGCAUUUUGCCACUUGCUGGAGUGAACAGGCAGGGUCCACCUGUGAACAGCCACCUUAAGCCCAGACAAGCCCACAAGCAGAGCAGCUGUGCCCGGUUGUUUGAUGCUUCAAAAGCCCAAGCAUUUUUUCAUCAGUUUUUAGGAAUGGCAUUUUAGCCCACGAUCCCCAACCUUCCCUCUUCUCCACCUGUGUGCUGUUCUGCGGGUUCUCCCUGAAAUUUCAGAGGGACAUGGAGAGGAAGAUCCAUGUCUAUGCAGAAAUCCUUGCCUUAUAGGGCUCAUUAGCUGAAUCCUGACCAUAGUUCUCUAGCCUUGUAUAAAUUGCUUUGGUUUCGUAGAAAACCAUUUUUUGUAGAAAAAUCAGUCCUUUAUUUUUGCUAUUUUAGGCACAGCUGGGAGCUGUCUACGUAAAUUCAGCACAAUGCCUUUCCUGUUCUGCAACAUUAACAGUGUAUGCAAUUUUGCCUCAAGGAAUGAUUAUUCUUACUGGUUAUCUACCCCUGAGCCAAUGCCAAUGAGUAUGGCUCCUAUUACAGGAGACAACAUCAGGCCUUUCAUCAGUCGGUAAGCAUUGAGAAAUUUUAUAUUUACAAAUUCCUGUAUGAAGAUUUUGCAUUUCUCCAGACAUUGCAACACAAUUUGAGAAAUGUAUUCUAGAGCAGUUGAAAGGAGCUCCCUCACUAUCCAGAUGUUCAGGCUGAGGAUAUGUGGAUGGCAGGUGGAUUGUUGCUCAGAGAGGGAUAGAAUAAUCACUGUCAUGUAGUGGAAGGCACAGGACAAGACAGGUGGAGCAAAGCAGAGUUGCCAGCCAGGAAUCCUAUCAUAGCCUUGCAACCCUGAGGGGGAACUUUCUUCCUCCAGUCCACUGGUGGAGCACACCAUAUUUUCCCCAGUAUGCUCAGCGCAGUAGGAUGAAAGGACAUGGGCAGCUUCUCUCCGCACCCCCCCCCAUCCUAUGUGAGCUUCUGGCUAACUCGGGUAUCAGAGGCAGGGGCCAAAAGCAGAUCAGUAUUAACUCACAUGGUGUCAGUGAAGUUAACUCUUUAUUCAAAGAAACACCUCCGUGAGGCACUUGUGAGGACUGAAGGUCCCCAUCGUCCCACAGUUGCCUAAGUCUCCUCUUCCUCUGGGUCCUUCCCAAGCAAUCUGAGAGUCCGUUGACACUGCUAAUUCUGCUCUGCCCUCUUCAUACCUCUUCUGGUCCUGGGAGAUGAGCUGGUCACAGCAGGAGGGGGAGACCCCCUUGCAGCCUGCCUGCCAUCCCUGUUUCUUGCCCCCCUUUCUCUCCAGCCUCUGCUUCUGCUUCUGCCUCUGAGUCUGGACUUGUUGUUGUUGUUGUUGUUGUUUAUAACCCACCCAUCUGGCUGGGUUUCCCCAACCACUCCCCCAACACUUUCAACAAAAUAUUAAAAAUACAAUAAAACAUCAAACAUUAAAAACUUCCCUAAAGAGGGAUGCCUUCAGGUGUCUUCUAAAAGUCAGAUAGUUGUUUAUUUCCUUGACAUCUGAUGGGAGGGAGUUCCACAGGGUGGGUGUCAUUAUUGAGAAGGCCCUCUGCCUGGUUACCUGUAACUUCUCACAGUGAGGGAGCUGCCAGAAGGCCCUGGGAGCUGGACCUCAGUGUCCAGGCUGAACGAUGGAGGUGGAGACACUCCUUCAGGUUUACUGGUCUGAGGCCGUUUAGGGCUUUCAAGGGCUUUCAACACUUUGAAUUGUGCUCAGAAAUGUACUGGGAGCCAAUGUAAGUAUUUCAGGACCAGUGGUCUCGGCGGCCACCCCCAGUCACCAGUCUAGCUGCUGCAUUCUGAAUUAGUUGUAGUUUCUGGGUCACCUUCAACGGUAGCCCCACGUAGAGCCCCACGCAGAGCAUGCACCACUCUAGCGAGACAGUCCGCAGGCAGGUAGGGCCUGCGUACCAGGUGGAGUUGGUAGACAGCUGCCCUGGAUACAGAAUUGACCUGCGCCUGCAUGGACAGCUGUGAGUCCAAAAUGACUCCCAGACUGCGCACCUGGUCCUUCAGGGGCACAGUUACCCCAUUCAGGACCAGGGAGUCCAUAUCAUAAAGUGUUGGCAAUAUAGUUAAUAUUAUUUAAUAUACACAAUAAUAUAUAUAAUUAAAUGCACUGUUCAUAGGUUUAAUACAUUUAUUUAUUAAACAAAUUCAGUACACAAACAGAUGUAUGCACACCAAUGCAUACACCACCACCAAUGGAGCUGGAAAAUAGGAAAGAAAACGAAAAGGUUGCAACAUAUGAAACUUUUUAGUUUAUAAAAAAGGCAAAUUAAGAGAAGAUAAAGUAGAGGUGUAUCAGCUAAUACAAGAUUGUCAAGAGAAAGUGGAUAGAGAUUUGCUCUCUCACAGCAAACACUGUGUUGCCUUCAUGUCCUGCUUGUAAGUGCAUAUCCACCCUCCCUCACCCCAAUUAGGGGCCAAGAUGACAUUUGAGGGAGGCAACAUAUGGCCUAAUGAACGAAUGGGGGGGGGGUAGAUUUGUGAGCGCACCAAAGCCAUGAAGGAAAGCAGGAGAGGAGAGGAAGAGAAAGAGACCCACAUCAUGGGCUAAAGACUUCUGCGGAACCCCCUCCUCUCAUGCCCCCUGCUCUGGGUAAAUGCCUUGGUGGCCCUUCCAAAUGUAACUCCACCCUGCCCAUUUCUCGCCAAACACAACAUGAUGGGGGGGUGGAGGUAAAGUCAGAGGAAAGAGGUGAAGUUAGAGGAAAGAAAGGAUGUCACAUGAACAACACCCCUCCCCCUUUAAAAUCCAAAACCAAAAACCGAUCUGAGGGACAAGAUAGUGGGGCAAGAAAGAGGGAAAUUGAAACUUGACUUGCCUCCUCAUGGCCCCCUCAUCCCAGCUGGAUGUGCUCAAGAGGGGGGGGUGAGGAAUGCCACCCUCUGCCUCUCCAUCAGAGGCAUCUGCCUGAAGAAGCAUCCCUCAGGAGGAGGUCAAGGCCACAACCCUGAGCCUUGCCUCACCAGUGGUGGAGAUGAAGGUGAUGUUGAAGACAUCCUCACUGAAGCGGAAGUGCAAGCAGGUCUUGCCCAUGCUAGAGUCAUUGGUGAGCAGAAGUUUCGCCAUCUUUGAUCUGAAUGGCACUUGGGAGCUGGGGGAAUUAGCAGGAGGGAGGGUCAUCCCCCAUGGGCCACAUGCUGGACCAUCCUGCCCUAAACAAUACACCAACUCAAUAGUUUGUUCUGCUGCCUCAGCCUUUGUAGCUAAAGCCCUAUCCUCCCAGGCCAGGUUGGCAAUACCUCCAAGGCAGGGAGCUGUUGUGAUGAAUAAUGCAGUAAAAGGGAGGACUGGAGGGUAUUCAAUCUAUAUGUAUUUUUUCAACUUUGCAUUAUACUUUUCUCAGGUGUGCUGUAUGUGAAGCUUCUGCAAUGGUGAUGGCAGUUCACAGUCAAACAAUUCAAAUUCCACCGUGUCCAGAAGGAUGGAGAUCGCUGUGGAUAGGCUACUCCUUUGUGAUGGUAAGUGCUCCAAGUUAUACCUGAAUUCAUUUAAUUCUAUUUCUACUAGUACAUGUUCCAUUCUUUUUCACACAAUCUAAAAAGAACCCAUUCUUUUUAAGAUAUAUGAGCAAGUUCCCUUUUAAAGUUCUAUUUUUGCUUGUCUAGCUGUCCAGAUUUCUUCAGGGUGACCCUGGUGACCAUGCUAUCUGCCAUUUCUUAGGGAAUAAAUUGAAUGGACUCUGAUUUUAUGAGUUUAUCCACACUUCUGCCUGGUUACCCUGCCACAACAAUGCUUGGAAUUUAAGAUCUGGGGCAAGAUGUGUGGUGAAACUAAACUGGGUUUCAGAAUUUACCUUAGAGGGCAACAACAAUUGUGCCUAUCCCCAUUAAGUGCUGUACUGUUGCGGAUGCCACUGCAUUGAUUGUGACAACACAAAGAGUAAAGCAGCUAACCAACAAACUCAAACUUGCACAGGGACAAACAAAGGAGGACGCCUUCACCCUGGUGUAGCCUUUAUCACACAUGUGCCACAACUAGACAAUGUCCUAACCACCCCCACCCCCGCAACAGCAGACAAAUCAAUAGAGUUGAUCCAACAACACCCUCCCACACACACACAUUAACUUUAUGACAAUAUUUAAAAAAUGCAAAUAUAUAAAGCCCUUGAAAUGCUUGAAAUGUAGGACAGAACAAAUAACUAAGCGGAUAUGGAUCAAUUCCAGUCUGGGUGCAUGUACAAUUUGAGGACUAUACCUUGGUGAACCUUGGUCACCCUUGUACUGAGAUUGGAAUGGGAAGAGUGGGACUCUGGUUCUGGAUCUCUCAUCAACUUUUGAUAGAAUUGACCCCGAUAUCCUGGUCAUGACUCCUGGACUGGCUCUGUGGGUUAUUAAGAGCACUCUUUCACAGUUUUUCCACUUCUGCUUGCACAGCUGUGUCCAGAGAACAGUAUUGGGAGAUUGCUUCAGUCUUAUGAUGUCAUAUAACACAAUCUUGUCCUCAGUGCUGUUCACCACUAGGAGGAGUCAUUAGACAUUUUGAGUCAAAGUGUCAUUGGUAUCCUGAUCCUGGUUUCCGUGGUGGGUGGUUCCAGUCCCCGGGAGAGUAGCUUGUGCUGGAUGGGUUUGUGUAGACACUUAAAGCAACCACAGAAUUAUCUUAAAAUGUACCUUUAAUGAAGGACUAUUUGAUAGCCAGUGGGGUGGAUGGUAAAACCUGGGCUAUGAGCACCAUGUGCUUUUAUGGUUGGACAUUUAAUACAGGGUAAGCCUAAUUUGAACAUAGUGGUACUUUUUUCUAGGUAAAAUUUAUUGUUUUUUAUUGUUAUUUAUUAAAUUUUGGAGUCUCCUUCUCAAAAAUGGCCCAACUUAUCAAGAUAUAAAACCAAGGAGGAAUCAGCAUGAAUCCAUAGAAUACUAAAAGUACACACCCUAUAAGCAAAAUAAAAACUGGCAGCAUGAACAACUAAAAAACAAAUCAAAGCGUUUAUGAUCAGUAAGAAAAACAACAGCAGCCCAUCACAUGCCAUUGCAUGCUUUGGAACAGAGGGAGAUUUUCACCUGGUGACAUUGGUAGGCCUCACUGGGGAAGGGUUUCAUAAAUCCCUUGUCAGCUUUUUCAAAAUGUCCCUCAGAGGUGGCACAUGGAGGGCUCCACUAGUAGGUUCAUAUCAGAAGAGAUUGUGACGUCAACCAUUGUGGUAUCUGUAUAGGACAAGGGUCAGCAACCUUUUUCAGCUGUGAGCCAAUCCUCAGACCAUGUGGUGGGCCAGACUAUAUUUUUUUUGGGGGGGGGAAUAAUGAAUGAAUUCCUAUGCCCCACAAAUAACCCAGAGAUGCAUUUUAAAUAAAAGGACACAUUCUACUCAUAUAAAAACAUACUGAUUCCCUAACGGUCCACAGGCCGGAUUGAGAAGGCGAUUGGGCUGCAUCCGGCCCCCAGGUAUAGGAUGUACUGUAAGUCAUUGUUCAGAGUCAGCAAUAAGCUUUGUGGCAUUUUAAAGAUGAACAAAUUUUAUUAUAAUAUAAAUUUUCAGAGACUAGAGUCCACUCACUUCACCUGAUGCAUCAGAUACACAAACUAUUUUUGCAUUUCUUGUGUCCAUAAUUUAAAUGUAACAUCUAAAAUGGUAAACCAUUUUAAACCACUGAGCCUAGGGCUUAGAAUCAUAGAAUCAUAGAAUCCUAGAGUUGGAAGAGACCACAAGGGCCAUCAAGUCCAACCCCCUGCCAAGCAGGAAACACCAUCAGAGCACUCCUGACAUACGGUUGUCAAGCCUCUGCUUAAAGACCUCCAAAGAAGGAGACUCCACCACACUCCUUGGCAGCAAAUUCCACUGUCAAACAGCUCUUACUGUCAGGAAGUUCUUCCUAAUGUUUAGGUGGAAUCUUCUUUCUUGUAGUUUGGAUCCAUUGCUCCGUGUCCGCUUCUCUGGAGCAGCAGAAAACAACCUUUCUCCCUCCUCUAUGUGACAUCCUUUUAUAUAUUGGAACAUGGCUAUCAUAUCAUCCCUUAACCUCCUCUUCUCCAGGCUAAACAUGCCCAGCUCCCUUAGCCGUUCCUCAUAAGGCAUCGUUUCCAGGCCUUUGACCAUUUUGGUUGCCCUCCUCUGGACACGUUCCAGUUUGUCAGUGUCCUUCUUGAACUGUGGUGCCCAGAACUGGACACAGUACUCCAGGUGAGGUCUGACCAGAGCAGAAUACAGUGGCACUAUUACUUCCCUUGAUCUAGAUGCUAUACUCCUAUUGAUGCAGCCCAGAAUUGCAUUGGCUUUUUUAGCUGCCGCGUAACACUGUUGGCUCAUGUCAAGUUUGUGGUCAACCAAGACUCCUAGAUCCUUUUCACAUGUACUGCUCUCAAGCCAGGUGUCACCCAUCUUGUAUUUGUGCCUCUCAUUUUUUUUGCCCAAGUGCAAUACUUUACAUUUCUCCCUGUUAAAAUUCAUCUUGUUUGUCUUUGCCCAGUUCUCUAAUUUGUCAAGGUCGUUUUGAAGUGUGAUCCUGUCCUCUGGGGUGUUAGCCACCCCUCCCAGUUUGGUGUCAUCUGCAAAUUUGAUCAGGAUGCCCUUGAGUCCAUCAUCCAAGUCGUUGAUAAAGAUGUUGAAUAAGACAGAACCCUGUGGCACCCCACUAGUCACUCUUCUCCAGGAUGAAGAGGAACCAUUGAUGAGCACCCUUUGGGUUCGGUCAGUCAGCCAGUUACAAAUUCACUGAGUGGUAGCAUAGUCACGACCACAUUUUACCAGCUUCUUUACAAGAAUAUCAUGGGGCACCUUGUCAAAUGCCUUGCUGAAAUCAAGGUAGGCUACAUCCACUGGGUUCCCUUCAUCUACCAGGCUUGUAAUUCUGUCAAAAAACGAGAUCAGGUUAGUCUGACAUGACUUAUUUUUCAGAAAUCCAUGCUGACUAUUGGUGAUCACAGCAUUCCUUUCUAGGUGGUCACAGACUGUUUGCUUAAUGAUCUGCUCCAGAAUCUUCCCUGGCAUUGAUGUCAGGCUGACUGGGCGGUAAUUAUUUGGGUCCUCUCUUUUCCCCUUUUUGAAAAUAGGGACAACAUUUGCCCUCCUCCAGUCUGCCGGGACUUCGCCUGUUCUCCAGGAAUUCUCAAAGAUGACUGCCAGUGGUUCUGAGAUCACAUCUGCCAGUUCUUUUAAUACUCUUGGAUGCAGUUCAUCUGGCACUGGAGACUUGAAUACAUCUAAACUAGCCAAGUAUUCUUGUACUAUCUCCUUAGUUAUUCUGGGCUGUGUUUCCUCUGCUGAAUCAUUUGCUCCAAAUUCUUCAGGUCGGGCAUUGUUUUCUUUAUCGGAGAAGACUGAGGCAAAGAAGGCAUUGAGGAGUUCAGCCCUUUCUGUGUCCCCUGUUUGCGUUUCACCAUCUUCUCCUCUGAGUAACCCCACUGUUUCUUUGUUCUUCCUUUUGCAACGAACAUACCCAUAAAAGCCUUUUUUGUUGCUUUUAACCUCUCUAGCAAGCCUGAGUUCAUUCUGUGCUUUAGCUUUUCUGACUUUGUGUCUACACGUGCUGGCUAUUUGUUUGAAUUCCUCUUUGGUGGUUUUCCCCUUUUCCAUUUUUGUACACAUCCUUUUUUAAUCUUAACUCAGUUAAAAGUUCUUUAGAUAGCCACCCUGGCUUCUUUAGGCACCUUCCAUGUUUCCGUCUCAUUGGUAUUGCCUGAAGUUGUGCUUUUACUAUCUCCCUCUUAACAAACUCCCAGCCAUCAUGAACUCCCUUUCCUUUUAGUAUCACUGUCCAUGGGAUCUCACCCAGCACUUCCCUAAGUUUUAUGAAGUCGGCUUUCUUAAAGUCAAGAAAUUGAGUCCUAGUAUGCUUGGGUGCUCCUUUCCGCUGUAUAGUAAACUUCAGAAGAGCAUGAUCACUCGCGCCUAAUGAUCCUUCCACUAGAUACCCCACUAACCAGGUCAUCAACAUUGGUUAGGACCAGAUCUAAAAUGGCUGAUCCUCUUGUUGCUUCUCCCACUUUCUGGACAAUGAAGUUGUCUGCAAGGCCAGUGAGGAAUCUGUUUGACCUUAUGCUCUUGGCUGAGUUUGACAUCCAACAAAUAUCCGGGUAAUUGAAGUCCCCCAUUACUACUAUCUCCCUUCCUUUUGCAUGUUUGGCCAUCUGUUCCAGGAAGGCAUCAUCUAUGUCCUCCGUUUGGCUUGGGGAUCUAUAGUAAACUCCCACAAUGAGGUCACUGUUAUUCUUCUCUCCCUUAAUUUUGACCCAAAUGCUCUCACUUUGGCUUUGAGGUUCUAAAUCUUGGAUCUCUUCACAGGUAUACACAUCCCUGACAUAUAACGCCACUCCUCCUCCUUUCUUGUCUGGUCUGUUUCACUGAAAUAGAUUGUAUCCCUCCAUUAUUACAUUCCAAUUGUGGGACUUAUCCCACCGGGUUUCAGUGAUGCCUAUUAUGUCAUAUUUAGUUUGCUGUACCAAGAGCUCAAGCUCAUCUUGUUUAUUUCCCAUGCUUUGCGCAUUAGUGUACCGACAUUGAAGUCCAUUAAUCAUUCCCCCGUGACUCUUAUUUAAGGAUUUUUUCCUCCCACCACUAGGUCUGCGUGCUGUUUGCUCCAUUUGGUCUAUGACAUUUGGAUGAUCAUCAAUUGAUAGACUCCUACCUUCAGGAGCACUGUCUCCCUCCCCCACAUUAGUCAGUUUAAAGCCCUCCUGAUGAGGUUUCUGAGAUUUUUGGCAAAAACAUUUCUCCCAACCGUUGUGAGGUGCAGCCCAUCGCUUGCCAGAAGUCCAUCUUCAAGAAACUGCAGUCCGUGAUCUAAGAAUCCAAACCGUUCCUGUUUACACCAUUUGCGAAGCCAGCUGUUCACUUCCACUAUUUUUCCCUCUCUCCCUGGGCCACGUCGUUCAACUGGGAGGACAGAUGAGAUGACAAUUUGUGCAUUUAAUUGCUUCAAUUUCCUGCCCAGAGCCUCGUAGUCUCUUUUGAUCUUCUGGAGGCUAUUACUUGCAGUGUCAUUGGUUCCCACAUGAACCAAGAGGAGGGGGUAUUUGUCAGUGGGUUUUAUGAUUCCUUGCAGUCGUUCAGUUACAUCUUGGAUCUUAGCCCCGGGAGACAGCACACUUCCCGAGACAUCUUGUCAGGCCCACAGAUCACUGCUUCUGUUCCCCUCAGUAGGGAAUCCCCUAUCACCACUACACGCCUCCUCUUAGGUUUGGUCGGGGUUCUUCCGUGAGCUGUCUGUUCCAAGGUCGCCUGCACAUUCCCUGAGGACUGACUUUGCUGCUCGUCUUCAUAUACCUGAUCGACUGUAAUGAGGGAGAGAUCCUCAAAUAGAGUCUGCUCUUCAUCUUCCAUGCUAGGGGAGAGGACCUCAAAGCGAUUGUGUAUUUCUAAACAAUCAGAGCGAACCCUGGGCCUCCUACUUCUUUGAGUCACGUUUCUCCAUAUAUCUGGCUCCUGUGUUGGUGAACUAGCCUCCUUCUCAGGGGAGUCCCCUGUCUCCUCCUUGGUGGAGACGGUGUGCUCUGUUGCUUCCAAGAAGAGCUCCAGCUCUCUAAUUCUUUGGAGCGUAGCUACACGUUCCUCCAGUUGCUGGGCUUUGAUCAGGGCUUGCUGAUCAAAAGGUCAGCGGUUCGAAUCCCUGUGACGGGGUAAGCUCCAGUUGCUCAGUCCCUGCUCCUGCCAACCCAGCAGUUCAAAAGCAUGUCAAAGUGCAAGUAGAUAAAUAGGUACCGCUCCGGCGGGAAGGUAAACGGCGUUUCCGCGGUUGCUCUGGUUCGCCAGAAGCGGUUUAGUCAUGCUGGCCACAUGACCUGGAAGCUGUACGCCGGCUCCCUCGGCCAAUAUAGCGAGAUGAGCGCUGCAACCCCAGAGUUGUCUGCGACUGGACCUAAUGGUCAGGGGUCCCUUUACCUUUACCUUUACCUUUACUAUUUUUCAACUUCUAGUCCCAUCUGUAGAAUACAAAUAACAGUUAUUUACCCCACUGAAUUGUUAUUAAAUACUAAAUGUACUGUUGAAUUAUAUGUAACUAAAAACAAUAAUCUAUUCUUAUCAACUGAUGCAUGUAUUUUUGGCAGCACACCAGUGCUGGUGCAGAAGGCUCAGGGCAAGCUCUGGCAUCUCCAGGUUCCUGUCUGGAAGAGUUCCGCAGUGCUCCCUUCAUAGAAUGCCACGGCAAGGGCACCUGCAAUUAUUAUGCAAAUGCUUACAGCUUCUGGCUUGCCACUAUUGAGAGAAAUGAAAUGUUCAAGUAAGUUGGAAACAUCUUCUGCAUUGACAAUACCUGCCCAAGGAUAUAAAAAAUGCAUUUUGAAAGCAGCUUUUUAAAUAGUUAAAAUUAAUGUGACUAGAUGUGACAGAGUGAACUUACUUUGCCUUUUUGGUCCCUUUUUUUUGUUUGUUUCUGUUGUGCUUCUACCUGACCAGAUUCUAUCAAUCAGAUUCCCACUGCAAUUGAGAUCCCAAUUCACAGUUCAGAUACAAGUUGUCUGCAUGCUUUAAUGCAUAUUUUGGUCAAACUAUUACUUUGGACCUGAUACAGAUUCAGCCUAGAGAAGAAGUGCAUUACAGCCAGUUAUGGAUCAGGAACAGAAGUGUGCUCAGAUAGCAGCAGAGGAGUAUAUGCUCCACUGCCGGGGCAGGCGCCUGGGGCACACCCCCAAAGAGGAUGGAAGCCGAGGGAGCCCGCUGUGGCUCGCCUCACAAAGCAGCAUGUGGAGUUCACUUGCAUGCCGCAGCCCAGUUGAGGAGCUAGCAGCCCAGUUGAGCUAGCAGCAUUGAGCUGUCAUGCAGGGAAGCUGUCUCUGCAGCUCCCUCACAUGCCUAAUAAGGGAGCCUAUUGUGGGGGCCCAUGGUCACACCCCCUCAAAAAAAUGUGCCCAGUGCUGGGGGGCCUCCCACUGCUGCCGCGCAAUUUCUGUUCUCAUCCUGAAGCAAAGUUCUUAACCCGAGGUACUAUUUCUGGGUUAGCAGAGUCUAAUCUGAAGUGUCUGUAACCUGAAGCACCUGUAACCUGAGGUACCACUGUAGUUCUUUCAUGUUCUGCUUCCAUGUGGUAACUCGGGUUACAUGUGCUUCAGGUUACAUACACUUCAGGUUACAGACUCCGCUAACCCAGAAAUAUUACCUCGGGUUAAGAACUUUGCUUCAGGAUGAGAACAGAAAUUGUGCAGCGGCGGCACAGCAGCAGCAGGAGGCCCCAUUAGCUAAAGUGGUGCUUCGGGUUAAAAACAGUUUCAGGUUAAGUACGGACCUCCGGAAUGAAUUAAGUACUUAACCCGAGGUACCACUGUAUUGUACUUUGAACACAGGAAGCUAUGUCAGAGGGAUCAACAUUGUGAUUUACUUUCAAGGACAGUAUCAAGGAAUAGUGUGGGAAUCAAUCCUAUAGGAGUAGGAAUUCCUACAAUUUAAGAACUGGCUUUAAGAAGGAGGCAGAGGUUAAGCUCAUUAAUUUCUGUUCAUUGUAGAAAGUUAUGAUCUGACAGUUUCAGUAUGUGAGCUGAGUUUGACACACUAUUCCUUCAAAACAAUUUUCUUCACUGGUCACUUUUAGCUUUUUUGUUUUUAAUUUUCAGGAAACCUACUCCUUCCACACUAAAAGCAGGAGAUCUACACUCAAAUGUUAGCCGUUGCCAAGUAUGUAUGAGAAGAACAUGA